AUGGCGGGCUUCAACCAUACUGGUGUUAACCACGUGGUCUUCUAUCUGCUGGGCAUUCCAGGACGAGAAGACCUACAUACAUGGAUUUCCAUCCCCUUGUUCAUUUCCUAUGUCUUUGCUCUCCUUGGGAAUGGUCUACUCAUAUUCAUUAUCCUCACCAAGAGCAGCCUCCAUGAACCUAUGUAUCUAUUCCUUUGUAUGCUGGCUGGAACUGACAUUGUCUUUGCCACCACCACAGAACCCAAGGCAUUGGCCAUUUUCUGGUGCAAUCAUCGGGAAAUUUCACUUAAUGGCUGCAUUGCCCAGCUCUACUUCCAGCAUUCCUCCUUCAUCUCAGAGUCAGGCAUCUUGCUGAUGAUGGCAUUUGACCGCUACAUUGCCAUAUGCUACCCACUGAGAUACACGACAAUUCUCACCCACUCCCUGAUUGGGAAAAUUGGUGUGACUGUUUUUGUGAGAGCACACUGUACAAUUUUCCCCAUGAUAUUUCUUUUGAAGAGGCUGACUUUUUGUAAAAAUAACAUCCUUCCACAUACGUUCUGUGAACAUAUUGGCUUAGCCAAGUAUGCCUGUGAUGACAUCCAUGUAAAUAUCUGGUAUGGGUUUUUUGUCUUAAUGUCCACAGUGAUCUUAGACAUUGUCCUCAUUUUUGCUUCCUAUGUUCUUAUCCUCCAUGCCAUCUUUCUCAUUCCUUCUCAUGAAGCUCGCCACAAAGCUCUUAACACAUGUGGCUCCCACGUCUCUGUCAUUUUCCUCUUUUAUGGUCCUGGAAUCUUCUCAGUUCUCACACAACGCUUUGGACACCAUAUCCCACUACAUGUCCAUAUCCUGCUGGCUAAUGUCAGCAUGCUUGCUCCGCCUAUGCUGAAUCCCAUCAUUUAUGGGGUCAAGACUAAGCAGAUACGAGAGCAAGUGGUUUAUAUGCUUUUUCCAAAGCAGAAAUGA